AUGGUCGACCAGCACAUGAUGCCCUGGGACAGGCUCAGCUGGCCAGAGCCGACUACGGAGGCUGAACUGAACGCGCAAAUGGCGCUGAGAAUCUUCCUCUUGGGCUGGUCCCAAUCUCCCAACGACCGCGACUUUGACCGGCUGUGGAGGUUCACCAAGGUGGUUAUCCAGAUACUUUGGACAGCACAGCAGCUUCCAGGAACGUGGGAAGAUGAUCUCGAGUAG